AUGUCCUUUCAUAAAACAUUCAGAAUCAAGAGGUUCCUGGCCAAGAAACAGAAGCAGAAUCAUCCCAUUCCUCAAUGGAUUCAAAUGAAAACUGGUAAUAAGAUCAGGUACAAUUCAAAGAGGAGACACUGGAGGAGGACCAAACUCGGACUGUAAAGAAUGGCCAGUACAACGAAAGACAUUCUACAUAUUCCCCAUUCUACCACCCACCCCCUUUACCAUGUCAUCUAUCUAAUCAUUGAUCCAUCAAUCACCAGAUCCAUCAAUAGCCUCAUUGCCCUAGAUAAGAAGGAAAUACUACGACUGCCCUCCCCAUAAGAAGGAAAUAAUAGUAAGCCUGCCCUCCCUAUUUUGGAAGCUGUCUGCUAAGAUGCAGACAUCCAAAAAAAAAAAGACAACAAAAUGUUAGGUUUGUCUUGCCCUUAAUGUGUUUCAUGGAUUGCAUUCAUGCGUUCAGGUAAUGUGUGUGUUGUGAUAUAGUUUAAAUUACUGUUACCUGCAUGU